UAUCACAGAUUCACAGCUCAGCUCCACGGACGCCCGUGCAAGAGGCCAAGACAGGUAGCCUUAAUUAGCAGCUAGUAGCUACCUAGCUCCGGCCAUUGAAGGACACUGCCAAGAACAAGAAGCUGGGAGAAAGAACAGGAGCAGAAGGAUUCAGGAGAGGAGAGGAGAGGAGAGGAGAGGAGGAGAGAGUCAGAAGAGCAGCAGCAAGUGUUGGAUUCCUGGAACAUUUUGUCUGAAUUUUUGUGUGUGUUUGAGGCAAGAGGAGAGGCAGGAUGGUGGUGCAGAAGAAGCAGAGGAAGCCAGGAGAGGUUUCUUGGCCCAAGGUUGUGCUGAAGAAAUGGCUCAACCUCAGGAGCAAGGAUUCAGAGUUCAACGCCGACGAGGAAGACGACGACGAUGGGAGCGACGUUGAUGAGCAAGAAAACUGCGGCUGUGGCGACGGCGGCGAGGCGCGGCGGCGGGCCGACGGCGAUCUCGCCGAUGAGAGUGUGGACGGUGGCGCGCCGUACAGACUACGGCGGCGAAACUCGGAGACGCUCCGGGCGCAGUACAUCAACACCAAGGAGCUCAGGAUCUGCGUCGGCACGUGGAACGCCGCCGGCCGGUCCCCGCCGGACGGCCUCGACAUCGCCGAGUGGCUCGGCGCCGGCGGAGGCGGAGGCGAGCCCGCCACCGACGUCUACGUGCUCGGGUUCCAAGAAGUGGUGCCGCUGAACGCCGGCAACGUGUUCGGCGCGGAGGAUGGCCGGCCGGCGCUGGCGUGGGAGGAACUCAUCCGCGGCGCGCUGCGGCGGGCGCAGACGCCGGCGAGGCCCAGGUACAAGUGCUAUAGCCACCCUCCCUCGCCGUCGCGGUUCGACCCGCGAGGGGACGCGACGGCCUCUGCCGCCGCCACCGACGACGAGCUCUUCCCUGGCACCGAUACCGACACCGACACCAACACCGACGAGGAGACACACACGCUCUUCAGCUCCCCGGAGGAGACUGGGCAGCACGUCGCCGCGACCCCGAGGAGGCUGACCAGGCUGAACCAUUUCACCGCCGCCACGGACGACUCCGGCGACGACAGCGACGAGCAGCAUCAGCGGCCGCCGCAGAGCGCUCAGCAGAGGACGCUUCUGAAGACGCUGAGCAGGUCGGACAGGGUCGGCCUGGCAUGGCCAGAGCAGCCGCUGGACUUGCUGGCCAAGCACGCCACGGCAAGCACCGCCAUGUCGUCGUCGGCGGCGGCGGCGUCCGCAUCGUUCAAGUCGUCAAGAUCCUUCAGAACCUACAAGUCACUCAGGGCGUCCCGCGUCGCCGGCGACCCGGGGGCCGACGAUCUCGCCAUGAUCGCCGACCUCGACCUCGCCGCGGCGGCGCGCAAGAAGCGGUCGCCGUACGUGAGGAUCGUGAGCAAGCAGAUGGUGGGCAUCUUCCUGACGGUGUGGGUGAGGCGGGGCCUGCGGAGGUGCGUCCACAACGUGAGGGUCUCCACCGUCGGCGUCGGCGCCAUGGGCUACAUCGGCAACAAGGGGUCGGUGUCGGUGAGCAUGUCCAUCUACCAGACCAUGUUCUGCUUCGUGUGCACCCACCUCGCCGCCGGCGAGAAGGCCGGCGACCUCCACAAGCGCAACGCCGACGUGCAGGAGAUCCACCGGCGGACGCAUUUCACCGCACCCGGCGACGACAUCGCCAUGCCAAGAGACAUCUACGACCAUGAGAGAAUUUUCUGGCUCGGCGAUCUGAACUACCGCAUCGACGUCGCCUACGAGAGAGCGCACGAGCUGAUCGCGGCGAUGGAUUGGCAUCAGCUGGCAGAGAAAGAUCAGCUGAAGCGCGAGCUGAGGAAGGGACGAGCGUUCGACGGCUGGACGGAAGGGGUGCUGGAGUUCGCGCCGACGUACAAGUACGAGCUCAACUCGGCAAACUACGUCGGCGACGACCAGCGCGGCGGCAGAAGAACUCCGGCGUGGUGCGAUAGGAUCUUGGCCUUCGGGAAGGGGGUGAAGCUGGUGAGGUACGGGAGGGCGGAGCUGACGAUGUCGGACCACCGGCCGGUGGUGGCGGCGUACGCGGCGGAGGUGGAGGUGUUCAGCAGCAGGAAGCUGCAGAGGGCGCUGACGCUGACGGACGCCGAGGUGGAGGCCGGCAGCGUCGUCGCCGCCGCGCCGGAGCUCGAUCGGCCGGGUUUUGAGGCCAGCUGAGCUGAAGGGCUAGACUAGCUUGCUCCAUGUAUAUGUAAAAUUGUGAUGGCUAUGGCCGGCCGUGAAGCCAUUGAUCUUCUUCUUCUUCUUCUUCUUCUUGGCGCAUUUGCCAUUGUGUUGCUGUUUCUCUGGGGUUGGAUCUUGAAUCUUUCGUCCUACCACGGUUAUGGCUACAUUCUGAAUCCACCAAAAGUUCUACAUCAAAUGCGUGUUAUCCUCCAUGAUAUGGUCUAGAUUCAACCAUCUUUAUCGAUGGAUCUCAUACAUGCAUACA